AUGCCUACAUCGACAGGGUGUAACAGUACCGUCGUGUACGAGGACCGAGAAGGUAAUUUGAGGAGUCGGCCCAUGUCGUGCGGUGUUCCACAGGGGUCUGUUCUUGGACCCCUCUUGUGGAACAUAGGGUACGACUGGGCCCUUCGCGCCGAUUUCCCCCCCGGGCUGGGUGUAAUCUGUUACGCAGACGAUACCCUCGUGACAGCCCGGGGGGCAAACUUCCAAGAGGCGGCGCGCCUGGCCACAGGGGGAGUCUCCCUGGUGGUCGGGCGCAUUGAGGCGCUGGGCUUACGGGUGGCCCUAGAUAAGACGGAGGCCCUGUUAUUCCAUGGGCCCCGUCGUGGUCCACCCCCUGGCGCCUCAAUCGUGGUCAACUCGGUCCUCGUACCGGUUCGGGCCCAGAUGAAAUAUCUGGGCCUGAUCCUCGACGGGAGGUGGCUCUUCGACGAGCACUUCCGACAGCUUGCUCCAAAGCUGGUCGGCGCUGCGUCUGCCCUAGGGCGACUCUUGCCCAAUAUGGGUGGACCCAGCGUCGCGACAAGACGGCUGUACACGGGGGUUGUCCGGUCAAUGGCGCUGUACGGUGCACCGAGCCAUACGCGGUUACCGCACCGUUUCUACGGAGGUGGCAUGCGCGUUGGCCGGAACUCCCCCGUGGGAUUUGGAGGCGGAAGUGCUCUCGCCGAAGUUUAUCGGCGAGUGGCUGACUUCCGGGCGGAGAGCGGAUUUCGCCCUCCGCCCGAGGAUGUGCGCGAGUGGCGCGAAGCCGCUCGCCGAGCCACGAUGGCUCGUUGGUCGUUCCGGCUGGAGACUCCACGCGCUGGCUUCGCCGCCGUGGAGGCUCUCCAGCCGGUCAUCGCCGAGUGGGCAGGGCGGCAGCACGGGACCCUUUCCUUCCGACUGACGCAGGUGCUUUCCGGGCACGGUUGCUUCGGAAGGUACCUGCACACGGUCGCUAGGAGGGAACUGAGUCCCGCCUGCCACCACUGCGACUGCAGUGAGGACUCGGCCCAGCACACGCUGGCGGUCUGCCCCGCAUGGGCGGCGCAGCGCCGGGCCCUCACUGCAGUCAUCGGAGUGGAUCUCUCGCUACCGGCCGUAGUACGCUCCAUGGCCGGUAGCGACAGUUGUUUUACCGCGGUCGCAACCUUCUGCGAGGUAGUAAUCUCGCGGAAGGAGGCGGCGGAGAGGGCCCGGGAGGACGACCUCCACUCGGACCCGAUCCGCCGCCGGCGAACCGGGCGGCGGAGGCCCGCCUACCACAGCCUCAUGCCGCCCUGA